UGCAUACCAGCCACGCCCCCACUAUUGCAAAGGUUAUGAGGAGCCCACUCCCAAAAUGGCUGGAGGAGGUGUAGAGAUCUGAAGGUUGUCUAGCGCUGCAGGAGUAGAGGAGAUAUUCUCCAUCACCACCACUCUCCAGUUACCAUGGAGAUGAGUCACUCCGACACCCACCUGUUUGAGCUCGUGAGGACUGACAACAUUCAACAGUUGAAGACAAUCGAUUCUACAAAACUGAACAUUUGCAACGAUAAUGGUGCGACUUUGAUCCAUGCAGCCGUGGCCAGUCAGUCUCUGCAAUGUCUUCAAUUCCUCCUCAAUAACAGCACUAUCUCAGUGAAUACUCAGGACAGGAAUGGAGAUACAGCUCUACACAUUGCCAUGAGAACUGCUGGACCCCCUCAGACUAUGAGCCUGCUACUAGAGGGAGGGGCUGAUGACAGCCUCUGCAACAACCUCCAUGAACCACCUCUCACUCUGUUACUGCAGCGGGACAAUGCUACCAACCUACUAGCUGCAUUCUUGAAACACCCAGUACACCUUAACGUGGCAGGAGAACACGGAUACACACCACUGCACACAAUGGCAUAUCUAGACAAAACAGAAGCCCUUGAAAUGAUUUGGCCGGUAAUUACUCGGGAAGCCAGUGAACUAUUCCCCAGAGAUGCCCAUGGCAAGACACCUCUUCACACUGCAGCUAGUCGAGGCUCUCACAGAACACUGGACUUCAUGAUCACCCAGUCUGGUACUAACGUGCUGUAUCUAUUGGACGAUGGUUGGAAUACUCCACUACACACUGCGGUGGAAUACAAUCGCAUAGCAUCAGUUGAGGUUCUCCUCAAGCAUGGAGCCUCACCCACUAUCCUGAGAGGGGACAAACUUCCUCCCUGUCACAUGGCCUGUCAGCAGGACAAGAUGGAUAUUGUAGUAGCCAUGGUGGAACAUUGCGGGCCUGAGAUUAUGUCCAGUCGAGAUGCGGCUGGAGCCACCCCUCUGCAUUGCUGUAGCAAGAGUGUGUGUGAUCAAUUGUUUUCAUUUGUCAUUGAUAAUGGAGCUAAUAUCGACAGUCAGGAUAACAGUGGGAACACACCGCUACACAACGCUGUAACCCAUGGCAGUGUGUGGAGAGUGGAGGCUCUACUGGGCAAAGGUGCCGACCCAUCCAUCUGUAACGAGAGUGGCUACAAUCCGUUUCACCUCAGCCUGCAAUACUCGAGAGGGGAGAUAUUUAAGGCGCUAAUCAAGUCAGAACAUGCCCACACACUAUGUACAUCACCUGAUGCCAGAGGAGACUUUCCAGUUCAUUUAGCAGUGAGAAGCAAGUUCACGUUGCCUGUUCCAAUUCUGAUGUCAAUGAUGACCAAUAGUGACCCCUCUAGUUACAAGGAUGCCCAGGGCAACAAUGUACUCCAUGCUGCAGCAGAGUCUGGAGAUACUAACAGUCUAUCGCAUAUCCUCUCCCUACCGUGCUACAAAUAUCUACUAAACGGUCUAAACUCUGGUGGGAUGACUCCUCUACAUAUGGCUGCCUGCAACGGCUCUGUUGCCCCACUACAAGAGCUAAUUGAUCACGGAGCUAUCAUGCAAUACAGAUCUAGUCAUGGUGAUACCCCCUUUAUGUUGGCCUGUCUCAACGGACAUCUCAAAGCUGCUACUGUACUCUACAAUGCAUCGCCAUCUUCGAGGGACUCAGUACUCAACAAUGACGGAGAGAAUGCCUUACACUUGGCAGCAAGAAGCAAGAACACUGACGUCAUGACAAUGUGCCUUGAUAAAGGAAUAACCGUAACUUUGAACAAAUCUGGUGAAAGCUUCUUCGACACUGUCCUCAAGGAACAAGACACGGACUCUGUUGUUGCAAUACUACAACACGCUCGCUGGGAGGAGUGUCUCGAUGGAUGCUCCUCCCACUUGCCACACCCUAUUCUGAGAAUUAUUGAGGACGUUCCUGAAGCCUUCCAAGUGGUCCUGGAUCGCAGUGCAAGCCACUCCCUCCUCAGCCGUCAACAUCACGACUGGUGGGAGGAAUACCAUUUCAAGUAUCUCACACUCUCGUCAACUCCGCCCCCACAGGACGAUACUACGAACACUGUAACCAUGCCGACUAGUCAAGGGGUGUCCAGAAGGGACUCAUUUGCUGUCCUCAUUCAUCUGAUAAAGUAUCGACAUCAGAGCUAUCUACGCCACCCUGUCAUUGCCACCUACCUAUCCUGCAAGUGGCGGAGAUAUGCACGGCCGUAUUAUAUCUUCCGUUUCCUUCUUUUCUUCCUCUUCACUCUCCUACUGUCAGUAUUCAUUGGGAUUACUCCAGCCCCACUACAGACCCCCCUACUAACCAACCUCACUAUGAACAACCCCUCGGAAGGUUUCGGUGUACCCUCAAAUGUGCUGAGAUUUCUAACCAUUGCUCUAGCUCUCCUCAACCUGCUUGUCUGGGUGAUUGACGUCUAUGUCCUCGGCUUGGAUGCACUGAAGCAUGUCAUAUCGGAGAGUGAUGUAUGGAUACAUGGACUAACUCUACUGCUUACCCUUAUAUUCACGAUCCCAUGGGAGGGGCUGGACACACUGUAUUGGGAGGUGGGGGCAUUUGCCGUAUUCCUGGCGUGGAUUGCUGUCACUCUAAAUCUACAAUUGUUUACUUUUGUCGGUACAUUUGUCUCAAUGUUGCUAACGGUAACUCGGAAUGUAUUCGGUGUACUCUUGAUGACCUCACUCAUUGUAUGUUCAUUUGCCUUCCCUCUCUACAUCCUAUUGGCCACUGUACCUGACUUCACGUACACUAACAUCGGCACAUCCAUCUUCUCUGUAUUAGCAUCUCUGCACGGUGAACUCGACUAUAGGAACUUUUCUCUGCUCACUUUAAUGGGACAACUGCGAUUCUCUGUACUGGUAUUCCUAUUCCUAACACUGGCCACCGUUAUAAUGCCUAUUGUUGUAAUCAAUCUACUUAUUGGACUGGCCGUUGGUGACAUUGCUAGAAUACAGGAAGAGGCCAUUUUAUCUCAACGCACUAUUGAGGUACGAGCUCUGCAAGCACUGGAUAAGAGACUGCCAUUACCAAUCUUAAAGAUGCUACUACUGGAGAGUCACAUGCAUUUCCCUAACAGAAACUUUGUACACAAACUGACAAGAAUUGCACGGAAUAUGUGGAGUGAUUUCGACGACCCAUUGAACAAUGAACAAACUGUUGCUGUCAGAGAGAAGACGAGUGUACCUAAAGAAUACCAUACCAGGCUAUUAGUAUUGGAGGAGAAUGUUGCCACGGUGAUGGUACAGCAGAAACACCAACAAGAGACUCUGUCAAGGAUCGAGGAAAUGCUCAAGAAAGUACUUAAUAAACAGUCCAAUACCUAAUAUUUGUUGUUCAGUUAUUUUGUUUCAAUUACGAGUUGUGGUUAUUA